AUGCUGAGUGCUUUCAUGGGCUUCAUUGAACCCGGUGAUGAAGUGAUCAUCUUUGAACCGUUUUUUGAUCAAUAUAUAAGCAACAUUGAGAUGCCAGGCGGUAAAAUCAGAUACGUGCCACUCCAUCCUCCAAAGGACGGUGCUCAGAAGACAUCUUCUGCAUCGAACUGGACUAUUGAUUUUGACGAGCUGGAAAAGACUAUCAACGAAAAGACAAAGAUGAUUCUACUUCUGCUAACAGCCAUACAGGUGCUCAAUACUCCCCAUAACCCUGUGGGCAAAGUGAUGUCCCGCGAGGAACUCGAGAAAGUAGCCGAUCUCUGUGUCAAGCACAAUCUCAUCAUCCUCUCUGAUGAAGUGUAUGAUCGACUCUUUUACGUUCCUUUCACCCGCAUGGCAACACUCUCCCCUGAGGUGUCCAAGCGAACUCUCACUGUCGGCUCUGCAGGUAAAAACUUCUAUGCCACUGGCUGGCGAGUUGGAUACCUCAUUGGUGAAGAGCACCUUAUCAAGUAUGUCUCUGCCGCACAUACCAGAAUCUGCUACAGCAGUGUUGCACCUCUCCAGCUUGCAACCGCCGUUGGAUUUGAAAAGGCCGAUGAGAUGGGAUUUUGGGAUGAAAGCCGAAAGGAGAUGCGUGGUAAAGUCGAGAGGUUCUGUGAGAUAUUUGACGAGCUUGGAAUUCCCUACUCCGAUCCAGAGGGUGGCUACUUCGUCCUGGCCAACAUGGCCAGCGUCAAGAUGCCAGAGGACUACCCGUUCCCUCCUCACGUUGCCUGCCGGCCGCGCGAUUUCAAACUGUCCUGGUUCUUGAUCAAGGAGGUUGGCGUCGCCGCCGUCCCGCCCACCGAGUUCUACACUGACGCCAACGCCCACAUCGCCGAGGACUACCUCCGAUUCGCUGUCUGCAAGCCAGACCAAGUUCUGGAAACGGCCAAGGAGCGGCUCCGCGGCCUCAAGAAGUAUAUCCAGUAG